AUGUCUUUUCAAUCAAUUAUCAAGCCAGAAACAGAUUUCAACAGAGAGGUCCCUAGAGCCCCCUUCAAAUUAUCCAAAAACAUAGUUGAGAGGUUUUCAUUAAAAGGCAAAGUCACAGUAAUCACAGGUGGUGCAGGUGCAAUUGGAUCUUGUAUUGCUGAAGGUUACGCGCAAGCAGGUGGAGAUGUCGUCAUAUUAGACCACGCUCAUACAGAUAAUGGACUAAGCGAAAAAUUAGCCAACACAUAUGGUAUCCAAUCAAAGUUUUAUCAAAUUGAUGUCACUAAUGCUGAGCAAGUCAAGGAAGUUGUAGCGCGAAUCGUUGAAGAAUUUGGUGGUCUAGAUGUGUUUGUCGCUAACGCUGGUAUUGCAUGGUACACGGGAUCCAUUUUAAACUCCGACUCAACACCAGAGAAUUGGAGGAAAGUGUUUGAUGUCAAUGUAAACGCAGUGUUUUAUUGUGCCAAAUAUGCUGGGGAGGUUUUUCAAAAACAAAAAAGUGGAUCUUUCAUUAUCACUGCUUCAAUAUCAGCUCAUAUCAAUAAUGUACCCAACUACCAAACAUGCUACAACUCAGCAAAGGCAGCGGCAAUGCAUAUGGCUAAAGGGUUAGCUGUGGAAUUUGCAAAUUUCGCUAGAGUCAAUUCAGUAAGUCCCGGCUACACGGAUACCCUUUUAUCGCAACCAAUACCUACACUGCAAAGAGCUAAAUGGUGGGGUCUUACUCCAAUGGGUAGAGAAGCCGAACCCGAUGAGUUGGUUGGUGCGUAUUUGUACUUGGCUAGUGAUGCCUCUAGUUUUACCACCGGUUCAGAUAUCAGAGUUGACGGUGGAUACUGUUCAGUAUAG